AAAGAAAGAAAGGGGGAACAACAUGAUGUCGUUGGGAAGUGUGGGGAAGGAUAGUGUGCAUUGGGUGGGUCACAUGGGAGAGAGAAAGAAAAGAGAGACAUGUACAAAGCAAUUGGUGGGUCGUGGGCGGUGCAAAAGAUGGAAUAAAAGAAUAAAAAAAAAGGAAAAAGAAAGGUGAGUGGGCUCUCCCUCGGUAAACCGUGUGUGUGUGUGAAGGCGCUAACCCAAAACUGCCGAGAGAGGGAGAGAACCCGAGAGCAGAGGCAUUGCCGGGGAAGCAGGAGUCCCUGUCUUUGUCACUCUCUGGAUCAGAGUUCAUAGAGAUGUUUAUAGGGGUGAGGGACUUGUUCAACAAGGCGCAGAUGAACUCGCCAUGCUUGGUUUUCAUCGAUGAGAUAGAUGCUGUUGGGAUGCAGAGAGGGACCGGCAUUGGUGGAGGAAAGGAUGAGAGAGAACAAACACUGAACCAGGUGUGGACAGAGAUGGAUGGGUUUAGUGGAAACAGUGGAGUCAUUGUCAUUGCUGCCGUGGGUGUGAAGCUGGAGGGGCUUCCGGCGGAGGGGGUGGGCCGUUGCAAGCUCAGUAGCAGCGGGAGAGAGAACCCGUGUACCAGAAGUCAUGGCCAGAAUCGGCUGGAAGAAGCUAUCCCUGUGUGUGUUCUCAUGCCCCACGAGAGAAAGAGAGAAGAGAGUGACAGUGAGAGAGCUUGUGUGUUUUGUCCAUCUAUGUGUGUUGCUCUGUGGUCAUGCAUGGUGACCGAGAGAGAGGUGAUGAAUGCAUGGUUUGAUCAGGCCUCCCAUGGCUGGAGGGGAGUGAGACUGAAACCGGCGGAGCGGAGAGAAAAAGGAAGCUGGGUUUUGCCCCAGUUUCAGCACAAACUGCUCUCUUCUUCUUCGGUGUGUGUGUCAAUGGAUGGUUGUUAUGGCGGUGCAGGUGGUUGAGUUUGCUAAACAUAAAACCAGCAUAAAACCAGCAAGAGAGAGGGAGCUUGUUUGGCUGGGCUGAGGUCCGGCGAGCGGCUAAGGCGAGGCUGCCGCCCGCCGGUGGAACAAAAUUAUUAGAUUCUUAACCUUGCUCUGAUACCAUGAAAGAUUUAUGUAUAAAGAAAGAGAAAGAAUUGUGUAUUGAAAUGUUGUAUUGAAUGUUAUUGAUAGAUAUUACAAAGGUUCAGUUGAACUCCUCUAUAUAGGAGAGGAGCCGAAAGUUGCAAUAAUAAAAUAAAGUAAAAGGAAAAGAAAUAUACCCUACUAACAGCUGAUAUACACUAACAUAGAAUAAUAUA